AUGAGUCAAUUAUUCGAGAAAGUACUUCAAGUGAAUGUUUAUCUUCAACCUGUGCUAUUCUGUCUUUCAGUUAUUGCAAAUACACUUAAUAUAUAUGUAUUAAGUUCUCGUGCACUUCGUUCAUCACCAUGUACACACUACUUCAUCGCAUGUGCCGUCUUUUGUAUUAUAUAUACUACUUUGGUAUGCCCAUUAAAUUUUGCGCGUGGCUUUUCCAUUGAUUGGGUAAAUACUCCAAUCGGAUGCAAAAUGCAUACGUAUUUUGCAUUCUUAACACCACUUUUAGCAAGAGUAAUGCUUGUAUUAGCAUCAUUUGAUCGUUACUGUUCAAGUUCUCAAUCACCUCGACUUCGCUCAACAAGUACAGUACGAAGAGGAAGAUUAUUGAUUAUUAUUACUACAAUAUUAUGCAUUAUCUAUAUAUCACCCAUGUUGGCUAUGUACUAUUUGAAAGAACCAUCUGGUAUAUGUAUGCAAUACUCAAAUCUUCUGAUCAGUAUUUAUGUAUUCAGUCAAAUAAUUAUUUAUUAUGUUUCAUUACAUCUGUUAAUGAUUAUAUUUGGUCUAUUGACUAUAUCCAAUACUCGGCAACAUAUCACUCGUAUAGGACCUCAAUUAGAUGUUGUACGUGGACGUCGAACUGAAAAGCAAUUAACACGAAUGUUACUUCUUCAAAUUAGUGUUCAUCUAGUUCUUACCAUCCCAUUUGGUGUUAUUUACAGUAUGAAUGCAUUUGAUCCAUCAACAAGAACACCUAAUAAUAGAGCCGUACGAAAUAUAUUAUUCAUGUGGCAACAAUGUGAUUACUUUGUUUCAUUUUUUCUAUACGUGCUUUCUGGAAGUGUUUAUCGCAAAGAACUUGCUCAUAUAUUAAAAUUUAUUAAACAUCCAAAUCAAUCAUUAUGCCAAUUCACAAAUCAACAAAUUGAAACAACACCCGCAUUACCUACUGCUGACAGUACUUUAUCAGUCAUGACUAGAAAAGAAUAA